GUAUAGAGUACUUCACGAGUUAUUAUCCGAUUUUCCGACCCCAUGGCCAUGGCAAUUGGCAAUACUUCCAAAAGCAAUUCAAAACCCCAGCUUACGACUUCACAGUAUGAUGCCAUUCCCUCCUUUUCUGCCAACUUUUUUGCAGUCCCAAUGCAUUAAUAAAUCAUAAUUACGACGAGCAUAAAUUGACCUAACUUUCUUCGAUGUAUGUAAUUCAAUCCGUUCACAAGAAAACCCCCAAUCGAGUUCUUGGAUUCAACCUUUCUUCCCCUCUCCAGCUGUAGGUUUGAGAUGGAGAUUCUUUAUUGUUAUUUCUUCUUCAUGUUCAUCUUCUCCGUUUCAUCUGCUUCCGAUCCUUUCUCAGAAGCACUAUUGAGCUUGAAAUCAGAGUUCACUGUUCCACCAGAUGUUUUAAACGAUUGGGUUAUCCCUCAAGAACAAAACCCAUCUCCAAAUAUUCAUGCUUGUUCUUGGGACGGGUGUACAAUGCGAUCAAAACUCGACAAAAGUCAUCGGCUUAGACCUUUCUUUGAAAAAUCUCAGUGGGGUUUUAUCUGGGGUUCAGUUCAAUCAGUUUGUUGACCUAAUUGAUCUAAACAUAAGUCACAACUCGUUCUCCGGCGAACUCCCUAUCGGGAUCUUCAAUCUCACCAGCUUGAAAACCCUUGACAUUAGCAGAAACAAUUUCUCCGGCGAUUUCCCAAUUGGAAUAUCCAAUCUCCAGAACUUGGAAGUUCUUGAUGCUUUCAGCAACAGCUUCUCGGGAUCACUUCCGCCAGAUGUCUGUGAAAUUGCGUCUGUGAAAGUUCUUAACUUUGCUGGAAGUUAUUUCAGUGGACCCAUUCCAGGAGCAUACGGAUCAUGCAAAAGUCUCGAUUUUCUUCACCUCGCAGGCAAUUCUCUAACUGGGUAUCUACCAAUCGAGUUUGGACACCUUCAAACUGUCACUCACAUGGAGAUCGGAUACAAUUCUUAUCAAGGAAACAUCCCAUGGCAAUUUGGUAAUAUGAGUGAGCUCCAGUAUCUCGAUAUAGCCGGAGCUAAUCUUUCAGGUCCAAUCCCAAAGGAUUUAGGUAAAUUAACCAAACUUAACACACUUUUCCUCUUCAAAAACCAUCUCUCUGGUUUAAUCCCAAUGGAAAUCGGCAACAUUUUGACUCUUUCAAGCCUAGAUCUUUCCGACAACAUGCUUUCCGGCCCUAUUCCAGAGAGUUUUUCAGAUUUGAAAAGCCUAAAAUUGCUUAGCCUUAUGUAUAACGACAUGAAUGGUUCUAUUCCCGAGGGCAUCGCGAAGCUUCCAGAGCUCGAAUCGCUUCUUAUUUGGGAUAAUCUCUUUAGUGGCACACUUCCACAAGAAUUGGGCAAACACUCUAAACUCAUAUCUGUCGAUGUUUCAUCAAAUGGUUUCGUGGGUGUGAUUCCUCCAGAUAUAUGUUCACAAGGUGCGUUAACGAAAUUAAUGCUCUUUUCGAAUUAUUUCACGGGUACCCUUUCGUCAAUCUCCAAUUGUUCUUCUCUUAUUCGUAUUCGCCUCGAAGACAAUUCGUUUUCCGGUGAUAUAUCUUUGGAUUUCAAGCUUCUUAGUAAUGUCUCUUAUAUCGAUUUAUCUGGGAAUAGGUUUACAAAUGGGAUUCCUUCUGAUAUAUUUCUUGCUUCAAAUCUCGAGUUUUUUAGCGUCUCUAAUAAUCCCGAACUUGGUGGGACCCUCCCGGAAAAAACAUGGUCGUCGCCGGCGCUCCAGAAUUUUUCAGCUUCUUCUUGCAAUAUCUCCGGCGAAAUCCCCGGAUUCCAGUUCUGUAAGUCGUUAUACUCAAUCGAAUUGAACCAGAAUCACUUAUCCGGAAUCAUCCCAGAGAGUUUAUCUGUUUGCAACAGCCUCGAAACAUUAAAUUUGGCCGGAAAUAAAUUUUCCGGCGAGAUUCCGGCGAAGUUAGGAAACUCCAUGAAGUUGAAAUCUCUUAACUUGUCAAACAACGAUCUUUCAGGUCCAAUUCCAUUUACAUCAAUGGAAAUUACUUCCUUUCUUGGAAACCCAAACCUUUGUGGUGCACCCCUCGUAACCCCAUGCCACAACGGGAAUGGAAUACACACCGGAAUGGAAUUAAGAAGCCGGAAUCACAAAAUAGCUUGGGUGCUUAUACUAAGUGCAAUAGUAGUUGUACUCUUGGCUUCCCUUUUCGGGAUCAUUUACUAUCGAAAACAAAACGUAAACCGGAAUUGGAAUCUCGAUUCCUUCGGUGGAUUACCAAAUCUCACGGCUUCCGAUGUUUUAAAAAGUUUUGAUUCCAUUGAAGCGAUGGAAUCCCAACAUUCAUCUAAUUCCGUUUGCAAAGCGGUUUUGCUAACCGGGAUGACUGUAAUUGUGAGAAAAAUCGAAUGGGGGGCAAAAAGUUCGAAUCUUUUGAUGGAUUUUGUGAACCGAAUUGGGAAUGCAAGACAUAAGAAUGUGAUUCGGUUGUUGGGUUUUUGUUAUGAUAAGAAUCUUGGGUAUUUGUUGUAUGAGUAUUUGCCAAAUGGGAAUCUUGAUGAAAAGAUUGGAAUCAAGAGAGAUUGGGGUUCGAAACAUCGGCUUGUGGUUAAUAUUGCAAAAGGGUUAUGUUUUCUUCACCAUGAUUGUCGUCCGGCUAUUUCUCAUGGAAAUUUGAAGGCAAGUAAUGUGGUUUUUGAUGAAAAUAUGGAGCCACGUUUGGCCGAAUUCGCAUUCAAAACAAUAUCUGCAAUGGAAUCAGGCGAAUACAACGGUGUCACGGAUCACGAGUUGAAAGACGAUAUAUUUAAUUUUGGGGAACUUGUUCUUGAAAUUUUAACAAAUGGAAAACGAAAAAAAUGGGGAAUGAGUGUACAACGGACACCGAAAGAUGUUAUUUUGAAGGAAAUAUAUAAUGAAAAUGAAGUUGGUGCUUCUUCUUCUUCAAAGUCUACUCGAGAGGAAAUAAAGGUGGUUCUUGAAGUUGUUCUUGGAUGCACUACAAGCAAGGUUUCUGAUAGGCCUUCAAUGGAAGAAGUUCUAAAGAUUCUUUCACGAUUGAAAUAAUAAUAAAUCCCAUGAGGAAUUAAAAGAUGGAUUGUGUAUUUAAUUAGUGUUUUGCAAGUAGGGUUUUAGUUUAUAAAAAUGUUGAUAUGUGGUUUGUAAAAUGGUUUUGUUUUUUUGCUUGUUUUAGAAUGUUAUAUGUUGCAAAUUUAUGGUGUAGAUAAAUUGUUUAUGUUCUUAUUGAU